UCCCCCGUCUUCCCUCACACCCCUCCACUUCCGGGACGCCAGUCGUUCUAACAACAGGGAAUAUGGCGGCCAGCUCGGAUCGGAACCCACCUCCUUUCCCCGCAGCAGAGGAGCCAGAGCCGGGACUGUCUGACAUGGCAGACGCGGACAGCGACGAGGGCGAGGACAUCUUUGUUAGUAACAGUAACCCUGUUUCUGUGAGCCGAGGAGUUUCUCAGCCCGACCGCGUCAGCGAGGAGCCUCCAGAUCUAUUCAGUGAGGAGGAGGAGGAGGAGGCCGGCAGCACAACGGCCAAGGCCAACGGAGUUCACUCCGACGAUGACAACGACCUGUUUGCUGAGGCACGCUUGGAGCUGGGCACAGAAAAGUCCGGCAGCUCUGCUCGGAAGGAGCUCUCUGGUCCUCGGCAUGCCUCCUCAUUCACUCCGAGCCCCGCAGCCUUGCAGCCCACCUCCUUGGAGCAGCUGGAGGAGGAAGAGGCCAAGGACAGUUUUGAUGUGGAUGUUGCAGUCACAAAUCCAGAGAAAGUCGGAGAUGGCAUGAAUGCAUAUGUGGCCUAUAAAGUAUCCACCAGGACUUCCCUGCCCAUGUUCAGGAGUAAGGUCUUCUCUGUGAGGAGGCGCUUCAGUGACUUCCUGGGCCUUUAUGAAAAGCUUUCAGUCAAGCAGUCGCUUCAUGGAUGCAUCAUUCCACCACCACCAGAGAAAAGUGUCGUAGGAAUGACCAAAGUGAAGGUGGGGAUGGACGACCCAUCAUCAGUAGAGUUUGUGGAGAGGAGAAGAGCAGCUCUGGAGAGAUAUCUUCAAAGAGUAGUGUGUCACCCAUCUUUACUACAGGAUCCUGAUGUGCGUGAAUUCUUGGAGAAAGAAGAUCUACCCAGAGCCGUGAACACUCAGGCGCUGAGUGGAGCUGGGUUCCUCAAAAUGAUCAAUAAGGCAUCAGACGCUGUCAACAAGAUGACCAUCAAGAUGAAUGAGUCUGACACUUGGUUUGAGGACAAGUUACAGGAGGUGGAGAAUGAGGAGCAACAGCUCAGGAAGCUUCACAUCGUGGUGGACUCCCUCGUCAAUCACAGGAAGGAGCUAUGCGGGAACACGGCAGUGUUUGCCAAAAGUUUGGCCAUGCUCGGGAAUUCUGAGGACAAUACAGCUCUGUCACGGGCCCUCUCUCAGCUGGCAGAGGUGGAGGACAAGAUGGAGCAGCUGCAUCAAGAGCAGGCAGCCAGUGACUUCUUCAUCUUUGCAGAGCUGCUUAGUGACUACAUCCGCUUGCUGGGUGCUGUGCGGGGCUGUUUUGAUCAGCGCAUGCGGGCGUGGCAGCGAUGGCAGGAGGCUCAGAGUACUCUCCAAAAGAAGAGGGAGGCCGAGGCCAAGCUCCUGUGGGCCAACAAACCCGACAAACUGCAGCAGGCCAAAGAAGAGAUCACUGAGUGGGAGGCGAGGGUUACUCAAUACGAGAGAGAUUUUGACAGAAUUGGCAUGACUGUACGCAAGGAGGUUCUCAGAUUUGAGAAAGAGAAAGCCAAGGACUUCAAGAGCCAGAUAAUGAAAUACCUGGACACAAUGCUGCAGUCUCAACAACGGCUCAUAAAGUUUUGGGAGGCAUUCCUACCUGAGGCAAAAGCAAUAGCUUGAUGAAGAGGGAGACUUUUUAAAGACCCCAACUGCCUUUUUGAACACUUUACCUCUUUAGCAGGAACUGAGAGGACAGUUUUGGAACACACAAAAAACUUCCAUCCAUUUUUUUGCUUUCUUUUGUCUUUUUAAUUAUAGUGUAUUCUCUUAUCUUGUACAGUUCUUUGAUAUGAUAAGCUGCCACAUUUACACAGCACUUCUCUGGCAUAAUGCCUUGAUUAUGUUCCUGAUUUAAAGAUGGUAUAAAGGACAAAUCCAGCAGAAACCUGGCCAUUAGUAUUUGUGAAACUCACUGUCUUAUCAGUGGGAUA